GCGCUUUUGUCCCGCCGGCGGCCGGACUCCCGCGGCGCUGCCUCAGCCAUGUCACAUUUCAAGACGAGGGGCACUGAGGAUGAGGAAUCGACUGAGAAGUGUGAAAGUGUUGGAAAAGCAGAAUCUCUGUGGCUAAAAGUGGAAGGUCUUCACAAGGAUCAUAUGCGGGAAUCUAAGGUUGGUGAAAUUUGUGAUUGGGAUAGCAAGGUACAGAACCAAUUGGAAGAGCCUGAGGGAAAAAGAAUGAUGGAAGACAUAAGUGGCAUCAGGGAAAAGAUUGGAAAAGCCAAGAAUACAGCAAAUAUAAAGACAGAACAGGAAGAUGAGGCAUCUGAGAAAAGCUUACAUCUGAGCUCAAAGCAUGUUAUACACCAGACCAUCCCUAUAGAACAGAAAAGCAGUGAACAAGGAAAAUGUGUGGAGAAUGUCAAUGGAAACUCUCAUCCCCAUCUGAAGCAGAAAAUCAGUGCUUUUAAGAAAUCCCAUAAAUGUGAUGAGUGUGGGAAAUCCUUCAAAUAUAAUUCCCGCCUUAUUCAACAUAAAAUUAUGCACACUGGGGAAAAACGCUAUGAGUGCGAUGACUGUGGAGGGACGUUCCGGAGUAGCUCAAGCCUUCGAGUCCACAAGCGGAUCCAUACUGGGGAGAAGCCGUAUAAGUGUGAGGAAUGUGGGAAAGCCUACAUGUCCUACUCCAGCCUUAUAAAUCAUAAAAGCACCCAUUCUGGAGAGAAGAACUGUAAAUGUGAUGAGUGUGGAAAAUCCUUCAAUUAUAGCUCUGUUUUGGACCAGCAUAAGAGGAUCCACACUGGGGAGAAGCCCUAUGAAUGUGGCGAGUGUGGAAAAGCCUUUAGGAACAGCUCUGGUCUCAGAGUCCACAAAAGAAUCCACACAGGGGAGAAGCCCUAUGAAUGUGACAUCUGUGGGAAAACCUUCAGUAAUAGCUCUGGCCUUAGGGUUCACAAAAGGAUCCACACAGGUGAGAAGCCCUAUGAAUGUGAUGAGUGUGGGAAGGCCUUCAUUACUUGCAGAACACUCCUAAACCAUAAAAGCAUCCACUUUGGAGAUAAACCUUACAAAUGUGAUGAAUGUGAGAAAUCAUUUAAUUAUAGCUCUCUCCUCAUUCAGCAUAAAGUCAUUCACACUGGAGAGAAACCUUAUGAAUGUGAUGAAUGUGGGAAGGCCUUCAGGAAUAGCUCAGGCCUUAUUGUACAUAAAAGGAUCCACACGGGAGAGAAACCUUACAAGUGUGAUGUCUGUGGCAAAGCGUUCAGCUAUAGCUCAGGCCUUGCAGUCCAUAAAAGCAUACACCCUGGGAAGAAGGCACAUGAAUGUAAGGAGUGUGGAAAAUCCUUCAGCUAUAAUUCACUUCUUCUUCAACAUAAGACCAUUCACACUGGAGAGAGACCUUAUGUAUGUGAUGUGUGUGGGAAAACCUUCAGAAACAAUUCAGGUCUCAAAGUCCACAGGAGGCUCCACACUGGAGAAAAACCAUACAAGUGUGAUGUGUGUGGGAAAGCUUAUAUCUCACGUUCUAGCCUUAAAAACCACAAAGGAAUCCAUCUUGGGGAGAAGCCCUAUAAAUGUAGCUAUUGUGAGAAAUCCUUCAAUUAUAGCUCUGCCCUUGAACAACAUAAAAGGAUUCAUACGAGGGAGAAACCUUUUGGGUGUGAUGAGUGUGGAAAAGCCUUCAGAAAUAAUUCAGGUCUUAAAGUGCAUAAACGAAUCCACACUGGGGAGAGACCUUACAAAUGUGAAGAAUGUGGGAAAGCCUACAUUUCACUCUCAAGCCUUAUAAAUCAUAAAAGUGUACACCCUGGGGAAAAGCCCUAUAAGUGUGAGGAGUGUGAAAAGGCCUUUAUCACAUACCGAACCCUUAUAAACCACAAAAAAAUUCACCUUGGGGAGAAGCCCUACAAAUGUGACGUGUGUGAGAAAUCUUUUAAUUACACCUCACUUCUUUCUCAACAUAAAAGGGUUCACACUAGAGAGAAACCCUAUGAAUGUGACAGGUGUGAGAAGGUCUUCAGAAACAACUCAAGCCUUAAAGUGCAUAAAAGAAUUCAUACUGGGGAGAAACCCUACGAAUGUGAUGUGUGUGGAAAAGCCUACAUCUCACACUCAAGCCUUAUUAACCAUAAAAGUACCCACCCUGGCAAGACACCGUAUACAUGUGAUGAAUGUGGAAAAGCUUUUUUCUCAAGCAGAACUCUUAUAAGCCAUAAAAGAGUGCAUCUUGGGGAGAAACCCUUCAAAUGUGUUGAAUGUGGGAAAUCUUUCAGUUAUAGCUCACUUCUUUCUCAACACAAGAGGAUCCACACAGGGGAGAAACCUUAUGUAUGUGAUAGGUGUGGAAAGGCAUUCCGGAACAGCUCAGGCCUCACAGUGCAUAAAAGGAUCCACACAGAGACUCUAGGCAUGAAAUGGUAUUGAGGACCAGUCAUGCAACGCAAGGGAAUUUUUCCUCAUGGGAUUAAAAAACGAGGGUUAGCUGAGAACAGACUGGGGAAGCUGAAGCCUGUCUGCGUCUGGACCUUGAGGAGUUGGCUGCAUCUGUCCUCCAGAGAUUCCCUGGGCCGGGGGUUCUCCAUUCUCUUUUCCAGCCUCAGCCUGGAGACAUGGGGAAGGAGGUCACAGCACUUCAACUCAACUCAUCUUCCCCCUGACUAUUCCCCGUUUAACUUUGGAAGGUUUCCUCAGGCCACGCAUAGCAUCAGUUAUGCUCAGGAAGGAGUCUGUGUGAACUAUGUAGUGGCUGAGAUCACCAGCUCUCCGCUUGGUUUCAAAUGAAGACUCUCACUCCCAGAUGAUUUUAUGCAAGUAGCCAAACCUGUUUUUAUGUUGUGCCCUCAUCUGUCUCUUACCAGGAUAAUAGUAGUCGGAUCUCCUAGGUUGGAGAAGUUGGUGUUUAUUAGAGUUUUAGAGGUAUGCCUGGGAUGAGAAGCAUUUGUGUAUGGGUGUAUUACGUAAGUCUGGGGGUGUGGUGGCCUCCAUCCCAGGACCAGCAUCUAGACACUCAGGUAGUGGAAAGCAGCCCCAUCUGGAAGCCAAGUAAAUUCCCCAAGGAACACCCCACACCCCACAAUCUGAGACAAGAUUUAAGAAAAAUAACUCUUUGAUCUGGUUACUCAGUGGUAUCUAGCUUGUAAGCAAGCAAUCCAUUGUUUCUAAGUAAAUAUGCUUUGCUUUGUCAGGCUGGAAAAAGGGUCAGCAGGAGGAAUUACCAAAUGUGGUGUAUUAGUUUUCCAUUGCUGCUGUAACAAAUUCCCAUAAUGUGGUGUCCUAAAACAACAUAAAUUUAGUAUCUUAGAGUUCUGGACGUCAGAAGUCCGAAAUGGGUCACAAGGGCCUAAAAUCAAGGUGUGAGCAUGAGUUGCAUUCUUUCUGGAGGCUCUAGAGGAGAAUCUAUUCCUCGCUUUUUCCAGCUUCUACAGGCUGCCCGCCUCCCUUGGCUCAUGGCCCCCUCCCAUCUUCAAAGCCAACAAUGGCCAGACAAAUCUUGCUCAUGGUGCAUCACACUGAUGCUCCUGCCUCCCCCUUUCAGUAAUAAGGACUCUUGUGAUUAUUUGGGGCCCCCUGGGAAAAUCGAGCAUAAUGUUCUCAUUUCAAGAUCAUAAACAUCCGCAGGGUCCCUGUGCCAUGUCCACAGGUUCUAGGGAUUAGGACGCAGACACCACAGGUCCACUAUUCUGCUGAUCGCAGUGGCGAAGACCACUAGCUGCCUACCAAAUUCUGCUUUUCCCUUCUGUGGGCACACAGCUAGACUACAUUUUCCAGCCUUUUUUGAAGUUGAGUGAGGAGUAUAACUAAGGUCUCUCCAAAGGAAUGUGAGCAGAACUUUGUGUUCCUUCCGUGUCAGGUCUGUGAGAACCUAUUGUGCAUUCUCUACAUGUUCUUUCUGCUUUCUGGGGCCCUUGGGGGAUGGUGGAACCUGGGUGCCUGAAUGAUCACCAACAAUGGAACCACCCACUGACUUAAACACCCAUCCUGGAAUGUUAAGUGAGCAAGAAUUAAAUUUCUAUACCAUAGAGACUAUACUGUAGAGCCAUUUAAAAAGAAAUUAUUAAUUCUCAUCUGUUGGUGUAUCAGUAAUAUGCUAACAAGUGAGAAUAUUUCUUCAUAUGCCCCUGACUCCCAAUGCUCAUUUUUCAUAAGACCCAACCUCCUACUUCCCUACAUUCAGUGAGCAACAGGUACCGGGCAGGUACACUACUAAGACCUGUGAUGCCCCUAUCUUUGUCUCUUCGGGCAUACCUUCCUUCCUUGUUGGCUUUUCUAAACCAGGUCUCCUUUUUCAGUUAUACUGCUCUGACCACGUCCAACUUUCUCUCCACUGGCUACUACCAAAGCGAUCUAUAGGUUCAAUACAAUUCCUAUUAAAAAGCAAUGGCAUAUUUUUACCGAUCUAGAAAAUAUAUCCCAAAAAUUUAUAUGGAACCCAAAAAGACCCAGAAUAGCCUCAACGAUCUUGAGAAAGAAAACAACAUCGG